AUGUCAGCCAAGAGCUUCAGUAUAGUCACAGUGGCUACUGUGCUCAUUUUCUGCCAAAAGAUUCAGCUCUCAAUGCAAGCACCGUUGAAUGCGUCAAAAUGGUCUUAUAUUGGUCCUGAUGGAGAGAAGGCCUGGCCAAAGAAGUACCCAUUUUGUGGAGGAGUAUUCCAGUCGCCAAUUGAUUUCCACAAAGCUAUUCUCCAGUAUGAUUCUAAUCUCUUGCCUUUAGAAUUCAUAGGCUAUGACGUGCCCUCCACUGACCAGUUUACAUUGAUCAAUAAUGGCCAUUCAGUGAAAAUGUAUCUGUCACCUGCUAUGUCCAUCAGAAACCUCCCAUUUGAAUACACUGCAUCUCAACUUCACCUGCACUGGGGGAACCAGAACAAGUCGGAAGGCUCUGAGCACACCGUGGGUGGGAAGCAUUUUGCAGCAGAGCUGCAUAUUGUACAUUACAACUCUGAGAAAUACCCAGAUAUAACAGCAGCAAUGGACAAAGCAGAUGGACUGGCUGUUCUGGCUGUUCUCCUUGAGAUUGGACCCUUCAGCCCAUCCUAUGAAAAGAUCUUCAGGCACUUCCGGAAUGUGAAAUACAAGGAUCAGAAGGUCCUGGUCCCUGGUUUCAAUGUUCAAGAGCUGCUUCCUGACAGACUGGAUGAGUAUUAUCGCUACGAAGGGUCCCUGACAACUCCUCCCUGCUACCCAAGCGUUCUCUGGACAGUUUUCCGACACCCUGUUAAAAUCUCUCAAGAGCAGUUACUGGCACUGGAAACAGCCAUGUACUGCACAGAGCGUGACGACCCAGAGCCCCUGGAAAUGGUUGACAACUUCAGAAAUGUUCAGGAUUUCCAUGAAAGACUGGUUUUUAUCUCCUUCCGUGAAGGUUUUGUGGUAUCUGUUGUGAUAGCCUGCAUUCUGGGAGUUCUCAUCAUUCUUGCAGUAGCAUUCUGGCUACUGAAGAAGAAAAGCUGCAAAAAGGGAGGUGGAGACAACAGAGGAGUCAUCUACAAACCAGGCAUGUACAAGGAGAAAGAAGACAUCUCCAAAAUUUGA